AUGCAAAUUUUGGUCAUUCUUUUAACAUGUUUUGUGUCAUCUUUGCAUCCAUAUAAUAUAUUAGUAUUUAAUCCACGUUUUGGUAAAAGUCAUGUUUUGUUUAUGAACACUAUCACUGAUACAUUAAUCGAAGCUGGACAUAACCUGGUGAGUUUGCAAUAA